AUGUUAAGCAAAGCUGAAUUUGUUGAGAAAGUUCGCCAGAGCAACCAGGCUUGCCAUGAUGGUGAUUUUCAUACAGCAAUCGUGUUGUACAAUGAGGCUUUGGGAGUUGACCCUCAGAACUGCAUCCUCUACAGUAAUCGUUCGGCAGCCUACAUGAAAAUCCAACAGUAUGACAAGGCCCUGGAUGACGCAAUCAAGGCACGACUUCUAAAUCCCAAAUGGCCAAAGGCAUACUUCCGACAGGGUGUGGCCCUUCAGUAUCUUGGACGUCAUGCAGACGCACUGGCAGCGUUUGCGUCGGGACUGGCUCAAGAUCCCAAGAGUCUUCAGCUUCUGGUUGGCAUGGUCGAGGCCGCCAUGAAAUCGCCCAUGCGAGAGUCCCUCGAGCCCACCUAUCAGCAACUGCAGAAGAUGAAGCUGGACAAGAGCCCCUUUGUUGUGGUGUCUGUCAUUGGCCAGGAACUUCUGACUGCGGGCCACCACGGGGCCUCUGUGGUGGUGCUAGAGGCUGCCCUGAAGAUUGGCACUUGCAGCCUAAAGCUGCGGGGAUCAGUGUUCUCCGCGCUAAGCAGUGCAUACUGGUCCCUUGGGAAUACGGAGAAAAGCACUGGAUACAUGCAGCAGGACUUGGACGUAGCCAAGACUUUAGGGCAGCAAAGAGGGGAGUGCCGAGCUCAUGGAAAUCUGGGCUCCGCAUUCUUCUCCAAAGGAAAUUACCGGGAGGCCCUCACUAACCACAGACAUCAGCUGGUGCUCGCCAUGAAACUCAAGGACAGAGAGGCAGCGUCCUCAGCACUGAGCAGUCUGGGCCACGUGUACACAGCCAUUGGGGACUACCCAAACGCACUGGCUAGCCACAAGCAGUGUGUCCUCCUUGCAAAGCAGUCCAAAGAUGAGCUCUCUGAGGCGCGGGAGCUGGGCAACAUGGGAGCAGUGUACAUUGCAAUGGGGGAUUUUGAAAAUGCGGUGCAGUGCCAUGAACAACAUCUUAAGAUCGCCAAGGAGCUGGGGAACAAGCGGGAGGAAGCUCGAGCCUACAGCAACCUAGGCAGUGCGUACCACUACCGGAGAAACUUCGACAAAGCCAUGUCCUACCACAACUAUGUGUUGGAGUUGGCCCAGGAGCUGGCUGAGAAGGCCAUUGAGAUGCGAGCUUAUGCUGGCUUGGGCCAUGCAGCCAGAUGUAUGCAGGACCUGGAAAGGGCUAAGCAGUACCAUGAAGAACAGUUGCACAUCGCUGAGAGCCUGCAGGACCGAGCUGCUGAAGGCAGAGCGUCCUCCAAUCUAGGAAUCAUUCACCAGAUGAAAGGCGACUAUGACACUGCGCUGCGGCUGCAUAAGACACAUCUGUCCAUAGCACAGGAGCUCAGUGACUACGCGGCCCAGGGCCGGGCCUAUGGCAACAUGGGCAAUGCUUAUAACGCUCUCGGCAUGUAUGACCAGGCUGUCAAGUACCAUCGGCAGGAGCUGCAGAUUUCUAUGGAAGUAAAUGACCGUGCCUCUCAGGCAUCUACACAUGGGAACUUAGCAGUUGCCUAUCAAGCGCUGGGUGCCCAUGACCGUGCUCUGCAGCACUACCAAAAUCAUCUCAACAUUGCUCGGGAGCUGCGAGACAUCCAGAGUGAAGCACGGGCGCUCAGCAAUUUGGGCAACUUCCACUGCUCGCGAGGAGAGUACGUGCAGGCAGCCCCUUACUAUGAGCAGUACCUGCGCUUGUCCCCAGAGCUGCAGGACAUGGAAGGGGAGGGGAAGGUUUGCCAUAACCUUGGCUAUGCCCAUUACUGCCUUGGGAACUACGAGGAAGCUGUUAAGUACUACGAGCAGGAUCUGGCCUUAGCGAAGGAUCUUCAUGACAAGCUGAGCCAAGCCAAAGCCUAUUGCAACCUGGGCCUGGCCUUCAAGGCCUUGAUGGACUUCAGCAAAGCAGAGGAGUGUCAAAAGUACCUGUUGUCCCUGGCUCAGUCUCUGAACAAUUCCCAGGCCAAAUUCCGAGCUCUGGGGAACUUGGGGGAUAUUUUUGUCUGUAAAAAAGACGUAAAUGGUGCAAUAAAAUUUUAUGAGCAGCAAUUGAGCUUGGCCCAUCAUGUUAAAGACAGGAGACUGGAAGCCAGCGCCUAUGCAGCCUUGGGCUCUGCAUACAGAAUGAUACAGAAGUGUGACAAGGCUUUAGGUUACCACACGCAGGAGCUGGAGGUGUACCAGGAGCUGGGAGAUAUGCCGGGUGAAUGCAGAGCACAUGGUCACCUUGCUGCAGUGUAUAUGUCACUUGGGAAGUACACCAUGGCCUUCAAGUGUUACGAAGAACAGCUGGAGCUCGGGCAGAAGUUGAAGGACCCCAGCAUAGAAGCCCAAGUCUAUGGUAACAUGGGCAUUACCAAGAUGAACAUGAAUGUCAUGGAGGAAGCUAUUGGCUACUUUGAACAGCAGCUGGCCAUGCUGCAGCAGCUCAGUGGAAAUGAAUCUGUUUUAGAUAGGGGCCGAGCAUAUGGGAACCUGGGAGAUUGUUACGAGGCUCUGGGAGAUUUUGAGGAAGCUAUAAAGUAUUAUGAACAGUACCUGUCUGUGGCUCAAAGCUUGAACCGUAUGCAAGAUCAGGCAAAGGCCUACCGGGGCUUGGGCAAUGGGCACAGGGCUAUGGGAAGUUUGCAGCAGGCUCUGGUGUGCUUUGAGAAGAGGCUUGUGGUGGCACAUGAGCUGGGGGAGGCAUUUAACAAAGCCCAGGCCUAUGGGGAGCUGGGCAGCCUGCACAGCCAGCUGGGGAACUAUGAACAAGCCAUUUCUUGCUUGGAGCGCCAGCUAAACAUUGCUCGAGAGAUGAAGGACCGAGCUCUGGAGAGCGAUGCUGCCUGCGGCCUUGGUGGGGUCUACCAGCAGAUGGGGGAGUACGACACAGCCCUGCAGUACCACCAGCUAGACCUGCAGAUUGCGGAGGAGACCAACAACCCCACUUGCCAAGGCCGGGCUUACGGCAAUCUGGGCCUGACCUACGAGUCCUUGGGCACCUAUGAGAGGGCAGUAGUUUAUCAGGAGCAGCACCUCAGCAUUGCAGCACAAAUGAACGACCUUGUAGCCAAAACUGUGUCGUAUAGCAGUCUGGGGAGGACUCAUCACGCCUUGCAGAACUACUCACAGGCUGUGAUGUACCUGCAGGAAGGACUGAGGCUGGCAGAGCAGCUGGGACGCAGAGAAGAUGAAGCCAAAAUUCGCCACGGCCUCGGCCUCUCCCUCUGGGCGAGUGGGAACCUGGAGGAGUCUCAGCACCAGCUGUACCGGGCCUCAGCACUGUUUGAAACCAUCCGACAUGAGGUGCAGCUGAGCACAGAUUACAAGCUAUCACUCUUCGACCUGCAGACAUCCUCCUAUCAGGCGCUGCAGCGAGUACUUGUCAGUCUUGGUCACCAUGAUGAAGCGUUAGCAGUAGCAGAGAGAGGACGAACGAGGGCAUUUGCUGACCUGCUUGUGGAACGUCAGACUGGGCAACAGGACUCUGAUCCCUAUUCUCCAGUGACCAUUGACCAGGUCCUGGAGACAGUGAACGGCCAGAGGGGACUUGUCCUCUACUACUCACUGGCUGCAGGUUAUCUGUACAGCUGGCUGCUGGCUCCUGGGGCAGGAAUUCUGAAAUUUCAUGAGUAUUAUCUGGGUGAUGGCCUGACAGAAAAUGCUGGGGAAUUCCAUGAAGCCAACAACAUGACCCUGCAAACAAUAACAAAUUCUGCGCUGGAACAGUACAUCUCAAGUGUGCGAGAGGCUCUGGGUGUGGAUUCCUACUAUACGCGAGCCUGUGCCAGUAGCGAGACUGAGAGUGAAGCUGGGGAUAUCAUGGACCAACAGUUUGAGGAGAUGAAUAACAAGCUGAACUCAAUGACUGAUCCGACUGGCUUCCUGAGGAUGGUCAGGAGGAACAACCUCUUGAACAGGAGCUGUCAGAGCAUGACCAGUCUGUUCAGCAGUACCAUGUCUCCUGUUAAGGAUGGAACAUCAUCUCUUCCCAGAAGACAGACGUCCUUCACCAAACCCCCGCUCCGUGCACUCUACGACUUACUGAUAGGACCUAUGGAAGGAGGUUUGAUGCAUUCCAGUGGGCCUGUUGGCCGCCACCGCCAGCUGAUACUAGUUCUGGAGGGAGAACUGUACCUCAUUCCUUUUGCUCUCCUGAAGGGCAGUUCCUCCAAUGAGUACCUCUAUGAGCGCUUCAGCCUCAUUGCCGUGCCAUCCAUCCAGUCGCUGAAUCCCAGCUCCAAGUCCCAUGCAAGGAAGAAUACUCCUGCUUACUCCAGUUCUACCUCAAUGGCAGCUGUCAUUGGAAAUCCCAAGCUUCCUUCAGCAGUUAUGGACAGGUGGCUAUGGGGACCUAUGCCCUCUGCAGAAGAGGAAGCGUAUAUGGUAUCUGAGUUACUUGGCUGCCAGCCCUUAGUUGGCGGUGCAGCAACAAAAGAGAGGGUCAUGAGUGCCCUCACUCAGGCAGAAUGUGUCCAUUUUGCAACCCAUGUCUCUUGGAAACUGGCUGCUUUGGUCCUGACACCCAACACUGACAGCAAUCCAGCCAGCAGCAAGAGUUCUUUUGGGAACACCUACACAAUCCCGGAAUCCCUUCGGAUGCAGGAUGAUGCCAGUGAUGUGGAGAGCAUCUCAGACUGCCCUCCUCUUCAGGAGUUUCUGCUUACAGCAGCUGAUGUCCUGGAUCUGCGGCUUCCUGUCAAAUUAGUGGUUCUUGGCUCUUACCAAGAAUCCAACAGCAAAGUCACUGCUGAUGGAGUCAUUGGCUUGACAAGAGCAUUCCUGGCUGCUGGGGCUCAGUGUGUCCUGGUGUCACUCUGGCCUGUUCCUGUGGCUGCUUCCAAAAUGUUUGUGCAUGCCUUUUAUUCCUCCCUCUUAAAUGGAAUGAAAGCCAGCGCAGCCCUUGGAGAAGCGAUGAAAACUGUACAGAGCAGCAAGCAGUUCUCCCAUCCGUCCAACUGGGCAGGUUUCAUGCUUAUUGGGAGUGAUAUGAAGCUGAAUAGCCCUUCUUCACUAGUAGGACAGGCCCUGACCGAGAUUCUGCAGCACCCUGAAAGGGCACGAGAUGCUCUGCGUGUCCUGCUACAUCUGGUGGAGAAAUCAUUGCAGCGAAUCCAGAAUGGGCAGCACAACUCCAUGUAUACCUCCCAACAAAGCGUGGAGAAUAAAGUUGGUGGCAUUCCAGGCUGGCAGGCACUGCUCACUGCGGUAGGAUUUCGGUUGGACCCUCCAGCCAGUGGCCUCCCAGCAGCAGUGUUCUUCCCAACCUCUGAUCCUGGGGACCGGCUACAGCAGUGCAGCACCACCAUACAGUCCCUCCUGGGUUUGCCUAACCCUGCACUUCAGGCACUUUGUAAACUUAUCACAGCUUCAGAAACAGGAGAGCAGCUUAUCAACAGGCUGCAUCAAGUCCUGGUUCAACUUCAGGCAGGCGAGAAGGAGCAAGAUUUCUCUUCUGCACCAAUCCAGGUUUCUAUCAGUGUCCAACUCUGGAGGCUGCCUGGCUGUCAUGAGUUUCUGGCGGCUCUAGGUUUUGACCUUUGUGAAGUUGGCCAAGAGGAGGUGAUUCUGAAAACUGGGAAACAAGCUAAUAGGAGGACCAUGCACUUUGCUCUACAAUCCUUGCUGGCACUUUUUGAUUCUACAGAGCUGCCUAAGCGCCUUAGCCUGGACAGUUCCUCAUCACUGGAGUCACUGGCUUCUGCUCAGUCUAUUUCCAACCCUGUACCCCAGUAUCAAAACCCUCCGUUCUCUCCUACUUGUCCAGACAGCAUUGCAUCAGAUGCCAUUUCUGUGUAUAGCCUGAGCUCUAUUGCUUCUUCCAUGAGUUUUGUUUCCAAGCCAGAGAGCGUGCCAGAUGGUGUGGGACACAGGGGACGCCAGGACUACGAGAGGCCCAAGAACAUCUAUCCACAUCGGUCUGCAGCACAGAGCCAGUUGUCACCACAAACCAGCACUGUAGCCAGCAAAGAUGAGGAAGAGUAUGAAGGUUUUUCUAUAAUCAGCAAUGAGCCUUUGGCCAGUUACCAAGAAAACAUAAAACCAAGAUUUUCCCCUGAUCACAAACAGCCCAAAACUGGUCAGACUGGAGGCAUUAAAGAGUCUGUCAACUCCAAAGGGAGCAUAAGUACCCCAAAUUCUCCUGUUAAAAUGACUCUUAUUCCCAGUCCAAAUUCACCUUUCCAAAAAGUUGGGAAACUUGCAAGUUCUGAUACUGGGGAGUCUGACCAGUCUAGCACUGAGACUGACAGCACUGUCAAAUCGCAGGAGGACAGUAAUCCAAAGCUUGAUCCGCAAGAGUUGGCCCAAAAAAUUCUGGAGGAAACUCAGAGUCACCUCAUUGCUGUUGAACGUCUUCAGAGAAGCAGCAGCCAAAUAAGUAAGAGCAACAAUUCAGAUGAUGGGGCUUCCACCCCAGCAGGUGUGUCCGCAUUCAGAUCUUCAGAGACCAGUGCAUUCAGUCGGCCAGUCAGCUCUAGUCAGAAGAAUCAGUCUUCACCUCUUGCAAUUAAACCAAAGCCUCCAACAAGGAGUUCAUCCCUUCAGAAAGUGAGUUCUGGCUAUAAUAGCCCUACAACAUCAGAGAUGUCAAACAAAGAAGGCACAGGCCAAUACAGUGGGCAGCCAUCUCCAAGUUGUGAUUCGCAUGGGUCCUUAACAGAGCAGCCUCACUUUAAACUCAAGUACCCCAGCUCUCCCUACAGUGCUCAUAUUUCUAAAUCACCCAGAAAUAUCUCUCCAAGCUCAGGGCAUCAGUCUCCUGGUGGUAGCACUCCAUCUCCUGCUCUUUCUUAUUCCUCAGCUGGUUCUGCUCGCUCAAGUCCAGCUGAUGCCCCAGACAUAGACAAAUUAAAAAUGGCUGCCAUUGAUGAAAAAGUGCAAGCAAUUCACAACUUAAAGAUGUUCUGGCAAAGCACUCCCCAUCACUCCACUGGUCCCAUAAAGAUUCUCCGAGGAGCUCCUGGAACAAUGACUUCUAAGAAAGAUGUCCUUAGCUUGCUCAAUUUAUCUCCACGGCACAGCAAAGAAGAAAGUGCAGAUAAGCUGGAACUAAAGGAGCUGUCUAUUGAGCAACACCUUGCUUCUCCACAAAAGAACCCUCCAAAUGGACACAGGCACCCUGAAACUACAAAUGCAGUGACAUCAACUCAUUCUCCACCUUCCACUAGCACUCCAGGAACCGUGCGUCCCUUGAGGCUGCCAUCUGGGAACGGUUAUAAAUUUUUGUCACCAGGAAGAUUUUUUCCUUCCUCCAAAUGCUGA